CAACUCGUAAACCUAAUGUUCUUGAACAAACAGCAACUCGUGAACCUAACGCUCUUGAACAAACAGCAAUUCAAGAAUCUAAUGCUCUUGAACAAACAUCAAUUCAAGAACCUAACGCUCUUGAACAAACAGCAAUUCAAGAACCUAAUGCUCUUGAACAAACAGCACCUCGAGAACCUAAUGCUCUUGAGCAAACACCAAUCAUAGAAUUUAAUAUUUCUGAACAAGAAAUAGGUGCCUUUGACAGACCAGCAGCUCAAGAAGUUAGUGUUUCCGAAAACUCAACCAUGUUAGAAAUUGAAGAUCACAAUAAUGAUGACUAUGGUGGCUACAACAGCUAUUAUCGUAGCAGUAGUAUACAUAGCAGUAGUAUACGUAGCAGUAGUACAC